AUGUUUUCCCUGAAAGGCAUGAAUCCAAUGUUUUCAUCAUCCUCAAUGUUCACGACCUAUGCUUCAGUGUCUGCUUCAAUUAUGUUGUUCAAAACCAUAUUCAACCAAUUUGUGCCUAUCCAAGUCCAAUCCUAUAUCGUCUCCAAAAUCAAACACUUUCUGUUCAAAUCCCCACCCAAUCGUGUCACUUUCAUCGUUGAAGACGGCGAUGGCAUGACCCCAAACAUAGUCUACGAUGCCUGUGAAACUUACUUGUGCACAAAGAUCAGUCCCAACGCGCAACGGCUCAAGAUUUUCCAAGGCCCGAGAGAGAGAAAUUUAAGAGUCAAAUUCGCAGAGUGUGAGAAGAUUAUUGAUUCCUUCGAAGGGCUCGAGCUUCAGUGGAAGUUCAUUCAUGAGAAAUCUUCACAGGGUAGUGCGAAAAUUGGCGGGGAGGCAAAUCUCCAUCACAGAGACGAAAAGAAACGGUUCGAGCUAAGUUUUGACAAACAACACAGGGACAAAGUGUUGGGCUCUUACUUGCCAUUCGUGGUCCAAAAAGCGAAGGCCAUUAAAGCCGAGAAGAAGGUUGUGAAACUGCACACAUUGUCACAAUAUCCAGGGGCAAAGAUGUGGGACUCCAUCAAUCUGCAACACCCGUCAACCUUUGACACACUGGCUAUGGAUCCGGACUUGAAAAAGGCGGUGAUCGAUGAUCUUGAUAGGUUUGUUGAGAGGAAGGACUUUUAUAAGAAAGUGGGCAAGGCUUGGAAAAGAGGCUACUUGUUGUAUGGCCCUCCGGGGACCGGGAAAUCGAGCUUGGUUGCAGCCAUGGCUAAUUACCUCAAGUUUGAUGUGUAUGAUUUGCAGCUCAUGAAUUCAAAAAGUGACUCAAGCUUGAGAAAAAUAUUUCUUGCAACUGGAAAUAGAUCCAUACUUGUGAUUGAAGAUAUUGAUUGCAGUGUGGAAUUGCCGGAUAGAGAGUUGGUGUCUCCGGCAGGUUCUGAACCACGUAAACGUAAUCCGCAGUUCACACUUUCUGGACUACUGAACUUCAUAGAUGGUCUAUGGUCUAGCUGUGGCGAUGAGAGGAUCAUCAUAUUUACAACGAACAACAAAGAAAAGCUUGAUCCUGCUUUGUUGCGCCCCGGGCGGAUGGAUAUGCACAUUCACAUGUCUUACUGUACCUUUCAUGGAUUCAAGUUCUUAGCCUCCAAUUACCUUGACAUCCAUGGCGGCUGUCACCGGCUUUAUCCACAGAUAGAAGAACUGAUCGCGACAACAAAUGUUACUCCUGCAGAAGUUGCAGAGGAACUCAUGAAGAGCAAUGAUGCCGAUGUCUCUCUUGAAGGACUCAUUGGUUUCCUUGAGCUGAAGAGAACCGAAAGUCAUAAAACUGAGGAUGAAGGGAAGGAUGGGAUUGAAUUCCAGGAAGCAGAUAAGCUCCAAACUCCCCAGACACCCAAGUUAUCGAAAAAAAAAAAAAUCCCCCAAACUGUAGCUAAGGCUCCGAACCAAUAGGACGUGUUAAUAGUGGGUUCGGCCCUGAAUUUUACAAAUUUUCACCAAGCCGAGCGCUCUUACACUUGGUCUUACACUCCACAUGAAUGUGCUCGGACUCUCGUUCUCGUUCCGUGUGACAUAUAUUUUGCUACUUUCAAAUUCCUGUAUAAAUUAGAUUUGGCCCUAGCAUUAUCUUUGGAACUUUAAGGUAUGGAUAUUAGAAAAUAAUAGUAAAACUUUUCAUUUUAAUUUUUUUAGGGUUAUCUUUCCUUCUUUUCUUUUUUUUGCUUGCCCCUCCAUCUUCCUCUCAGUGGUAUCUCACUCCAUUUCUUAUAUAUAUAUUUUAUUGUCUCACAUCUCUUAGUAUUUUUAAAUUUUUCUAUAUUUGUUUUCUUGCAAACUUUCACAAAACCUAAUCUCCAAGGGAUUUGA